GUAUCCUCUGCCCGCCCUGAAAUCUGGUUUCACAGGCAAAGGACACAGCACAACGGCCCAUGGCGACAAUGAUAGUGUCUGAGUUAUGGCUGCAGCAUCAGCAAGAGCAGGACUUCCACAAUAGCCACGCAGCCGGCAAGCGGCUAAGCACGCCGAAAGUCAAGACUGGCUGUCGAGGAUGCAAGGCCUCACAUCUCAAAUGCGACGAGCAGAAGCCCUCCUGCGCCCGGUGCCAGAAACGUGGAACAACAUGCCAUUACCAACCGACACCGCACCUCAACAAGGGGACAGCGCCAAGGAGAACAGCCCGCAACACGAGGCCCGCCAAGCCGUCUCCUGUGACGAACAAAGCGACUCAACCGCGUAUUCUGCAACCUGCUGCGUUGACACAUGCCCAUCACAGAGCACGACCCUCCCACCUGUCUCCCCACCCACCCAGCACAACCAUCCGGCCCUGGGAGGCGCAGUACUUUGAUAGCUUCCGCUACCUGGUCGUCCCACACCUGCACUAUCAGCAGAGCGAGUUCUGGUGCCGCACCGUCCUCCGCGAGAGCCUGCGCGACGAGUGCGUGCGGAACGCCAUGCUCGCCCUGGGCGCCCUCGGCCGCGUCCAGGCGCAGCAGUGGAACAUUUCUGUCCCGCUAUACAAGUCACAGGUCGGCCUACUCGCGAAAGAGGGGAGUACAGGCAGGACGGUGCUGAAUCAUUACUACCAGGCUCUGGUGCACUACGCCAAGGCCAUCAAUGCGUUCCGACGACUUCUUACCGAGGCACAGGACAAGAAGCACACCCCCCGCUCGAUUCUGAUUGCGACGGUGCUGCUGAGCCAAUUCGAGCUGCUCCAGGGCAACACCGACGCAGCAGACCAGAUUGCCGCCCGGAGUGUAUCGCUACUCGGGAAUAGGAUCAUGCGUGGGAUUGUUGUUCCCGCACCAACCACCACCAGCGACGACGACGUUGACAGCAUGUCCCUGAUAGCAGCCGCAAUCGACGACGAGGGCGUCUGGGAAGCGGGAACGGAGCUGGUUCUCAAGACUAUCCUCAACGCAGCGUGCUCCGCGCUAUAUCCCAAGGCAAGGGAGGUCAUUCUUGCGCUCAACCUUCCUGUCCCCAACAGUGCAACACCUCCAAGUCCCGAAGAGACCUCAGAGAGCUUUGUACUGCUGUGGAAGAGGUGCCUCGCUGUUGUGUGUGUCUGGUAUUUCCGCCUCCAAGCACGGAUGCUUAUCACCCAGCAGCAACAACAACAACAAGACGGCGUGAUUUCUACUCCUGGGAACGCAGCCUUCGACGUCUACCCCUUUGUAGUAGCGCACCGUCACGAACAGCGCGCACUACUCGACCUCGUGGCCUCAUGGCAGGUCGCUGUCCGCGCGCGUCUAGCAGCCUGCAAGACCCCCGGUCCCGCCGCCACUGCCACUUCCUACAGUAACGCGUACAUCGCCUACAGCAAGGCUGCCGUCGCCAUACACGCGACCUGCUACUCCCUCCGCACGGCGUUCGACAUUACUGGCAAAUCAUGGGACCCCGACGAUGACAGCAGUCACAACCACCACCAUGAGUCAUCGACACGCGAGUUGCUCGACCAGUGCGAGGCGGUCGUCGACAUGGUAUCCGAGCAAUUGCGCCUCAGCAGCAGCGCCACCGCUGCCGCUACAAGCCUCCGCGACCAAGGCGUGGCCUACGACGGGGUGAUGUCUGCGGUGAUGCAGAUCGCACACCAGGCUCGGCACCGCGGCUUCCGGGCGCGGGCCAUGGAUAUCUGGGGCCGGAUGCUCGGGGGUGAUGCGCACUGGAAUGUGCUUGCGACGUACCUUGCUGCGGUGGCGGUGCAUGAUGUCGAGGAGGAGUUUAGGGACCCGGUGACAGGGGAGAUACCUGUGGACAAGCAGUAUAUGUGGGUUGAAGGGAGUUGGGAUGAGGCGUAUACACAUUUCAGGGCUGUUGUGGUUGGCAAGGUUCCCGGAGUUGAUGGGGUGAGUGAUAGGAGAAUCGUCAUGGUAGCAGCGCCGUGGAAGGUAGCAUGAUGUGGGAGAUGGAAUGGGUCAGGUCGUGAAAUCACGAAUCGGAAAUGCCUCACUCAUGAUCUCGCCACGUUGCAGUCUCAUGACAGCUCGAGGCCGCAGAACUGCGAAGAGAGCGAAGAGAAGUUCUGCUCUGUUCAACACCAACGAGCAAUCCAAAAUCUUAGCUGAAAUGAACGUUAAUUUGCUAGUAUCCCUUUAGAAACGACCCAAGCUUAGACCUUUCUGGCUCUGAGAAUUGCUCAUCUCAUACAA